AUGUCCGGAGUGGCGGUCAAUGAUGAGUGUGUCGAUCUGUACAACCAGAUCAAGAUGAAGAAGGACUUGCGCUACGUCAUCUUCAAGAUUGAGAACCACAAGGAAAUCAAAGUAGAGUGCAGCGGCCCGGCUGGCGAGACCUACAAGGACUUUGUGGCCAAGCUGCCGGACGACCAACCAAGGUACGCGCUGGUGGAUUACGACUACACCUCCGAUGAUGGGCGACCGCAGUCCAAGCUUUGCUUCUUCUUUUGGUCACCGGACGACAAGACCACGGUCAAGGACCGCAUGGUCUACGCCAGCUCCAAGGACGCCCUCAAGAAGAAGUUCCCGGGCAUCAUGAAGGAAGUUCAAGCCAACGACAGUGGCGACCUAGACGCGAAGGAGGUCAAUGACCUCAUGUUGAAGAAGUAG